AUCUUUUCUUCUUCGUUCCUUUUUUUUUUUUCUCUCUCCUAUAUUUUUAUUUUCUCCUUCAAGAAACCACUUCUUCGUCUUCUCUCUCUUUGCACUGGGUUUUAGGUCUUCCAUAGUAGCUCAACGCAAAAACAGCUAAAAAAUCUCCCUUGUUUAAGAUUUCUUCUUCAGGUUAUCAUCUUUGAUUAUGUCGUGGUGCACGAUCGAGUCUGAUCCAGGUGUUUUUACAGAACUUAUACAGCAAAUGCAAGUAAAGGGUGUUCAGGUUGAAGAACUAUAUUCCCUGGAUCUGGAGACUCUGGACUGUCUGCGGCCUGUAUAUGGGUUGAUCUUCCUGUUUAAAUGGCGUCCUGGGGAGAAAGAUGACCGUCUUGUCAUCAAGGAGCCAAAUCCCAACUUGUUCUUUGCAAGCCAGGUUAUUAAUAAUGCUUGUGCAACCCAAGCAAUAUUAUCAAUUCUUCUAAAUUCCCCGGAUGUUGAUGUUGGCCCAGAGCUUUCAAAUCUGAAGGAAUUCACCAAGAACUUCCCACCUGAACUGAAAGGUCUGGCUAUCAACAACAGUGAAGCCAUUCGUACAGCACAUAAUAGUUUUGCUAGACCAGAGCCCUUUGUUCCCGAAGAGCAGAAAGCUGCAACCAAGGACGAUGAUGUGUACCAUUUCAUUAGUUAUUUACCCUUUGAAGGAGUACUGUACGAGCUAGAUGGGCUGAAGGAAGGGCCCAUCAGCCUUGGCCCUUGCUCAGGUGGACAAGGUGACUCGGACUGGCUACGACUGGUCCAGCCCUUAAUCCAAGAACGCAUUGAGAAGUACUCGAAGAAUGAGAUAAGGUUUAAUCUUUUGGCUGUUAUAAAGAACAGGAAAGAUAUGUAUACUGUGGAGCUGAAGGAGUGCCAGAGAAGAAGGGAGCGAAUUUUACAGCAACUCUCUUCUGCUCAGUCAGGGGGACCUGAGCAAAACAAACUCGAAGAACUUAACAGGUCACUCGCUGAAGUAAAUGCUGGUAUUGAAGCUGCUACAGAGAAGAUUGUAAUGGAGGAGGAAAAGUUCAAGAAGUGGAGAACAGAAAACGUCCGAAGGAAGCAUAAUUAUAUUCCGUUUUUGUUCAAUUUCCUCAAGAUUCUUGCUGAGAAGAAACAGUUGAAGCCUCUCAUAGAAAAGGCGCAGCAGAAGAAAGUAACCAACCCUAGUAGUUGAUAUGCUCUACCUGAUUCUGUGAGGGAAAAAGUCUGAAUUAUUGUCUUAAAAACUAAUCCUCAGUCGGAGAAUACCGUUUACAGUUUCUAUAUUCCCAACUAUAGAUGUUCCAUCUUUCUGCUAAAUUAGUAAAUUUUAGUUUUAUGUGCUUGAGUAGGGCAUGUCCUAAAGAUUCUAAGCUUGUUAUUUGAUAAUUGUUUUGUGUUGCUCAUA